AUGGCCACCUCAGCAAACCGUACCGUCCUCGCCGAACGACCGACCACAGCACCCACGAAAGCACGAGGCCCGACAGCACCCAUCGACCCAGAUGCCACAGAGAUCAAGAGACGCGCUCUCGUAGCACAGAAGCAAUAUGGCAGAGGCGACAAGAUUUCGACUCGCGGUGUGCAAGAUAGAAAGCUGCGCGGCAAUCUGAGAGCGCUGGAGAACAAGUACAAAGACGCCGCCAUCAAGGCAAAAGAUGCCGAGAUUCUGCUCGAGAACACUUCUGGGUUUCUGGAGACCGAGGGCGAGUUGGAAAGGACCUACAAAGUCAGGCAGGAUGAGAUCCAAUCUGAGGUCGGCAUCGAGACGGCAAAGAAGGGCUUCGAGUUGAGGCUGGAUGGCAUGGGCCCUUACAAUGUCGACUACACACGUAACGGUGUGCACAUGCUGCUUUCUGGUCGCAAAGGUCAUGUUGCCACUAUGGACUGGAGAAAGGGAAAGCUGGGCUGCGAGCUGCAACUAGGCGAAACAGUGCGCGACGCAAAGUGGCUACACAACAACCAGUUCUUCGCCGUCGCCCAGAAGAAGUACGUCUACGUCUACGAUCACCAGGGUGUCGAGAUUCAGACGCUGCAAGAUCACAUCGACGUCACGCACAUGGAGUUCCUGCCCUUCCAUUUCCUUCUCACCACCAUUGGAAAUGCUGGCUGGUUGAAGUACCAAGACACCAGCACUGGUAAACUCGUCGCUCAGAUUCCCACAAAGCAAGGUGCCCCGACUGCAUUUGGUCAAAACCCUCACAACGCCAUCCUACAUGUCGGACACCAGAACGGCACAGUCAGCAUGUGGUCUCCCAACGAUCAAAAGCCCCUCGUCAAAGUUCUCGCACACAGAGGUCCCGUGCGCUCAUUAGCCUGCGACAGAGAAGGUCGAUACAUGGUCUCCACCGGCCAAGACUCCAAAAUGUCAGUCUGGGAUGUGCGCAUGUUCAAGGAAGUCAACAACUAUUUCCUGCGCUCUCCCGGCUCCUCAGUCGCCAUCUCAGACACAAAUCUCACAGCUGUCGGCUGGGGUACUCAAACAACAAUCUGGCGCGACCUGUUCAAGAAAAAUGCAGCCGACCAGCAAAAAGUCCAAUCGCCCUACAUGGCCUGGGGAGGUGAGGGCGACCGCAUCGAACGCGUGCGCUGGUGCCCUUACGAAGAUAUCCUCGGCAUCUCACACAACAAAGGUUUCUCCUCUGUGAUCGUGCCCGGUGCCGGAGAAGCCAACCCAGAUUCUCUCGAGGUGCUCCUCUACGAAAACCCCAAGCAGAGACAAGAACGCGAAGUCAAGAGUCUGCUCAACAAGCUGAAGCCGGAGAUGAUCUCACUGGACCCCGAAUUCAUCGGCCAAUUGGAUCGUGCAUCGCACGCUCAGCGUGAACAAGAAAGAGACUUGGAUAGAAAACCCGAAGAUCCGCUUGCCAAGAUCAAGAACAGGGGCAGAGGCAAGAACAGCAGUCUUCGCAAGUAUCUGCGUAAGCAAGGCUCUAAGAAUAUUAUCGAUGAGAGAAAGGUCAGGAUCCAAGAGCUCAGGAAGGAGCAGGCCAAGAGGAAUAACAAGGCUCGUCAAGGCGAGGUGGAGUUGGGUCCUGCGCUUGCAAGAUUCGCCAGAAAGGCUUGA